CAUGGCUUCCAAAACCUUCCCCAUUCCCUAUAUAAACACCAUGCAAAUAACAAAACCAUCAAAACACCAAAAAAUUAAUUAACACCAUGCUUACUAUCCUCUUCCUCUUCCUCCUCUUCUCCUCCACCCCAUUCUCUGCCAAUGCUGCCGUCCAAGACUUCUGUGUAGCAGACCCUACACUCCCGGAGGGUCCAGCUGGCUACUCCUGCAAGAAGCCAGCUUCCGUCACUGUCAACGACUUCACCUUCAGUGGUUUUGAGAAAGCCGGUAACACAAGCAACAUCAUCAAGGCUGCCGUGACCCCAGCCUUCGCCGCACAAUUCCCUGGUGUAAACGGGCUCGGCAUCUCCACCGCCCGGUUAGACCUAGCACCAGGUGGUGUUGUCCCUCUCCACACUCACCCUGGUGGCACUGAACUCCUUGUGGUCACUGAAGGGUGUAUUCAGGCUGGCUUCAUAUCAUCAGCAAACACAGUGUACUAUGAGAUACUUGCAGAAGGUGAUGUCAUGGUGUUCCCUCAAGGGUUGCUUCACUUUCAGAUCAAUGUAGGGGAUGGCAAUGCAGUGGCCAUUGUGAGCUUCAAUAGUCCAAGCCCUGGUCUCCAGAUAACUUCCAUUGCAUUGUUUGGUAGUAAGAACUUCCCUUCAUCUAUAAUUGAGAAGGUCACCUUCUUAGAUGAUGCUCAGGUGAAGAAGCUCAAGGGUGUUCUUGGAGGCACUGGCUAAUUAUUUAACUCAUCUAAGAGCUUUAUAAUUGUUUCAAGUUCACUGUGUACGUUUUUUCUUUGUUUCUUGUUUCUUGUUUCUUGUUUCUCUCAUCUGUUUGUUAAUCCUCUAUGUCUUUCCUUGGUGUUGGUCAGCUUGUUCUAAGUUAAUUAUAUUACUCAAGCUUGUUGCGGUCCUUUGUUCUCAAUUAGAGUUCAUUUGCUUCUAAUAAUAUUGUAAUGAGGAUUGAUGUGAUGGCCA